AUGAAUGUGAAAGUUGUGGAGCUUCCUGGAAAUCUAAGAGGAAUUAAGCUAAUUGAGAUAAACUUGAAAGAUUGCAGAGAAUGCGAUGUCUAGGGUGAUAUCUCUAUUGAUGAUGAUGAAUUGUUGGAAGCAAGCAAGAAAUUAGCAGUAAUUGCCUAUGGUAAUGAUAGUGAUGAAGACUCAGAUUAAUCAGAAGAUAAUGGGUAAAAUAUUGUGAAACUUGAGAUUCCUUUCAAUAUUCUGUUCGAGUCACUUAAGGAGGGUACUUACUUGACGAUAUUUAAUUAUAUCAAAUGA